AUGUCUAGUUUGACCUCUACUCCAAACGCCAACUCAAUCCUUACCCCAACCUCCACUUCAACCCCCACUUCAACCUCUACUCUAGUCUCUACUCCAGCCUCUACCUCAAAUUCUGCGCCUAGUCCUCCCGCCAAGGACAAAAAUGAUUGUCAUGGCGUUAGCGGCGACUAUUGGGUUAUGUCGCGGGAUGUGGCCGUCGCCAGCGCCGAGACCUUUUGCAGGCAAGGUGAUAAGGUAGUCAAGUAUAACGAGGACUCCGUGAACGAGCUCGAAUUGUCUGUUUUCAAAGCAGAUGACGACACCAGAGGCCCCAAAGAUGAUCCCAACUGUCUGGGUCGCCUUCGAGAUUCUGUCAUCGAUGGCUGCGAUGGGGAUGACUCCGAACAAAAUCCGCACAACUAUAAGUUUGGCUCCAAAUUCACUUCCUCUGAUGGUUGGGUCUAUGAGAUGAAAGCUCUUAGUAAGCAAGUCAACGAAGUCAGCUGCGACGUGUCUUACAGAUUCUGGCACGACUUUUUCCAAAUUCGCGGCAAGAACGUCCCAGACGCGAAGAUUGGCAUCAAUGGUGAGGGACUGAAGAAAGAACUACGAGGCUGUGGUGUGAUUACUAAGUGGAAAUUCGAGCCAACACCACACGAUGUGAAGUUUCAGUGGUACGCUCAGGGCCGUCUUCCCAUGGGUACCAAAAGCUGCACUGGGAACGCUCUGGAGAGCGCCGGCGGCGCUGGCCGGGGUAACUGUGGGGGCCCGGGACGGCGGUCACACCUUGCCUGGCGACGGCGUGCUGCGACUGGUGUAGUGAGAACACGCGAUAGUAUCGAUGACUGGCCGGGUUACGGCGAGGAGAGUGCUCAUGUUUUUGGCAGCCUAGAGCAAGCGUAA